UAAGAGAUCAGUGGAACAAAGAAAAAGGUUGAUGUUUUAAAAACCAGUCGACAAGAGGUGGAUAUAAAACAAGCUGUUUAAACGGUGGUUAACGUCAGUUUGCAAAGGACAUUCACUUGGAAUAAUGAAAAGUAAAGAUUUAUUGUUGUUUUUGUCACUUCUCGUCCUCUGUAUGCCACGAGAUGGUGCUGUGUUUCAACAGUGUGUAUGCAGUGUGUAUGCCAGUAACAAAGGUGGACUGGUAAGCACUAACUUCAUACGGGACAAGAAACAUGUUAUACCGCGACUUGGCUGUGACAACCAAGCCAGGGACAUGUGUGCUGGACUAUGUAGAUACAGGGUAUAUGCAGUUUCCAAUAACAUGGCCAAGAAAGUUCAAGUUUUUUAUCAUUCUCUGGAGAAAACACCUGUUCUGACCAUAGAAAUUUUGGCUGUAGUUCUGCACAUUUUGCAAGAAUGUAAAUAGCAGUAUCCUUCAACAGUAGGUCAGGGGAUAUAUUGAGGUUACAAUCUCCCUAUGUUUGAAUGAGAAUGACCAGUCACACACGUAGUGCUGGUCACUCUAGACAUUAUGAUAUUAUCUGUUAAAAAAAAAAUAAAUGUUAGACUUAGACAACCUGAUACACAAUCUCAAAAAGGAUAGGCAACUUAUAAUUCAGUUUCAUUAAAAGUGACAGUCCAGUGCUCAAGAAAGAACACAUACUGUAUUUGUGUCUUUGAUUUAAUAAAGAUUAUUUGCUAUGUUUACAUUGUGUCCUGUCCUUCUUUUGUUCUCAAGAACUCAGUUAUUCAAAGACAUUGAGAAUUCUCUGUAAUAGAUAUCUUGUCAAAUCUCCUGACAAAAAUACAAAACCCGAGUGCCUUUAAAAGGUGAGCCUUUCUUCACCAGAGGCAAAUUUGUCAAAUCUCCUAUUAUUCAGUGGACCAAACACAUCACUCUGAGGAAAAUGAUAUUGACCUGAAAAUUUCAUAGUUUUAUUAUGUCAAAAACCAUUCCACUAAACUUCUGGGUGUUUUUGGGCAGAUGACUAAAUGAACUCUUGAUACUGAAUACUAUCUUGCUAGUAAGAAUUUAUAAUAAACAGUAUUUCCAUUAUAGUGCUAUUCAUUCACUUUUCUUGCAACUUCAUACAGAGAAAGUUGAUAUGAAAUUAUUUGAUUUUUCUAUUGAGAGACCUGAAUAGGUGCAAGUUAAAAACGAAAUAAUAAAAAUUAACACUUUCAUGUUAGUGCAUCUUACAUUAUUCUUCAGUCCAAUAACUUUGUUUAAAAUGAUUUAUUAUGCUUUCUUUCAAUACAGAUGUAAAUAUUUCAUCCAAUACUUCAAACUGUUCCAGUUGUAGAGUAGUACGUUCGAUUUCUUAAAUUAUCUUACCAAACUCAAGCUGUUAAUGCAAUAAUAAACAUUUCCAUGUACUACAGAAGAAAAAUAUACAAUUCUUGUUUCUCUCUAUAUUUCCAUUUCUACCUGGUAAACAGUAAUUUAAAACUUAAUCAAACCAAAACUCAAACACACAUCAAAUGCAGAUUACAUACAAAACCUAGACUCUAGGCCUAUAGCUAGAAUUUGGAAGCAUUUCCACCAAAUUCUGAAUGAAAAAGUAAUUUAAAAUGUUCAAGUUCAUAACAUAAAUUUUAGG